GCCUGCGAUCCAUCCGACUUCGUUGUGUGCGUUGAACUUGACUCCAACGACAACAACCGCCGACAACCAUCCAACCUUCCUUUCCACAAAGGUGACAGAGCAGGAUGUCCUCUUUCGAACCAGUGGUCGUCAUCGACGGCAAAGGACACCUCCUUGGUCGCCUGGCCAGCACUGUCGCCAAGCAGCUGCUCAACGGCCAGAAGAUCGUCGUUGUGAGAUGUGAGGCCCUCAACAUCUCCGGCGAGUUCUUCCGCGCGAAGCUGAAGUACCACGCCUACCUCCGCAAGAUGACCCGUUUCAACCCCACUCGCGGUGGUCCCUUCCACUUCCGCGCUCCCUCCCGCAUCUUCUACAAGGCUGUCCGCGGCAUGAUCCCCCACAAGACUGCCCGCGGUGCUGCCGCUAUGGAGCGCCUGAAGGUCUUCGAGGGUGUCCCCCUCCCUACGACAAGAAGAAGCGCGUUGUCGUUCCCCAGGCCCUCCGUGUCCUGCGUCUGCGCCCCGGCCGCAAGUACUGCACCGUCGGCCGUCUCAGCCACGAGGUUGGCUGGAAGUACCAGGAUGUCGUUUCUCGGUACCCUUGAGGAGCGUCGGAAGGUUAAGAGCAAGGCUUACUACGAGCGCAAGAAGGCCGCUCGCCGUAACCUUGCCAAGGCGGAGCAGGGUGCGAAUGUUGACAGCAAGACCAAGAGCCAGCUCGCUCAGCUCGGCUACUAGAUACCUCAUAAAGAGCGGCCGGUUGUUGUGAGUGACGGACCUGGGUUGGGAUCGCGAACGGUUUUGUUGCAGCGAACUUGAACGGCAAGCCGAGAUCGACCUUUUUCUAUUGGGCCUGGACCCCCCGUCUGUGUUAUCUUGUCUUCCUUUCUC